AUGUUUCACUCCAGAAUGCUACGUUCCUUGGGACGGCCAUCUCAAUUAUGGGCUCGACAAGCGAGACUGAGAUUGACAAAGAUAGAGACACAGAUACAGCCAAAUCGAACGCUCAAGAUCUCUGCAAACGCAAUCUCGGGUUUAAGCAAAUGGGGCCCCGUAAUCAACGUCCUAGCCGGGGUUUACAUUGGUGGCUUGAUUGUCUCACUCGGCUCGUUCUAUUUCAUUUACCACGAUGCCAAUUCAAGAGAGAGGAUCCCAUUUGAGUUGAGUUUCCAGGACCAAAUGGAGGCAGUCCUUGCCAUAAACAAGGAUGAUGUGUUGGAAAAACCCAGGUUUGCCGUGAAGCACUACCGCAAACUCUUGAUGCACUUGGCUAAGGAAACUGACCCUAGUUUGGACGAACUGGAAUAUCCGGGGUUUGUCGUGCCCGUGAUUGACGCCGAGACUUUGGUGUACCACAAAUCCAACAAGUUUUCAAACUUCUACAUCGAUUUGAUCUUGAGAUAUAGCAAGGCGUUGCUUGCCAAAGGAGAGCUUGACGCCGCUAUCCACACGUUAACCCAAGUCAUUGACAAUGAUUUGAUAUACUACAAGAUUGGCGAUGCCGAGAGAUUAUCUGGAUGCAGCCGACUUCUCGCUUCCGUUUAUGCCGAUCCGCAAGAUCGAGUGCACACUUUGCAAAGAUCGAUUGACAUGUUGAGCAAGACAUACUCGUCGAUCCAGUUGAACGACGACUACACGCUUCAAAAAAACACCAAGGUCUCGGAUGAGUUGAUUAGCUGUUUGAACGACCUUGCUUUCCAAUUGGCCCAGAUUGCAACUUCACCGCAGCUGAAGCUUUCGAAAUCACAAAGACUGAAACAGCUCAAUGAGUCCUUGGCCAUUUACCUAUCUAAUCUACAAGCACUCACCACCAUGCGCGAGAGCUUGGAGCUCCGCAAAACAAACCAGUCGCACUAUCCUUUGUUUAACGUGCAUCGUGAAAAUCUAAUUACCCAAAUCAGCGCCAUCAAAGCGCACAUCAGUGAGAUUUUGUGGUACGAGGGAGCGAAACAAAAGGCCGUGAGCUGGUCCGAGGAAGUGCUCAAGGAGAUAUACUAUGACAAUGCCUCCUCGGCUCGUGUACAGCCAAUCUUGGAAAAUGUAUUGGACAACUUGAUCCAAAUGUAUACCAAGAUGAGACAGCCUCAGGAUGUCGAGAGGUGUAAAGAGUUGAAAUCGGAAAUGAGUCUGUAUGCGCGAGGUCGAGCUGAUCAAGAUGGGUUUGACGCGUGGUACGAUGCGUUGAUUAAGAGAUGGAGUGGGGUUUUGUAUGACCAGGGUCCAUUGGGUAUAAUCGUGAAACCUUUGCUGGAGAGAUUUGGUCCCGAGCAAAGAAUACGGCCGCUAGAAGAGUUUGAAAAAGAAGAUGAAUAA